GUGCGUCAUAAGGAGUUGAUGUUCAACGAGGGGAUGUUGUUUGACUGGUGGACUUUUGUAUACUGUUUACUGACACUGCGUGUACGUAAGAUGAGGCCGGUGUGUGACUGUGAUUAAAAACUCAAAACCUUCCAAAACUAAAACGUAUUACUUCUCCUCCUCCUCCUCCUUCUGCUUCUUAACGACGCUCAGAGCGGAUGCCGGCGGCGCAAACCGACUGUUUGCGGUGAAGCCGUGUGUGUGACAGCGUCAGUGAGUCUGCGCAGCUCAAUGUGCGACAGCAGCAGCAGGAGGAAGACGGACAGAUAUCAUCCGUGGCUGAGGGUCGGCUCUGAUGGCACCGAGUUCCCGCAGAACUUGAGCGGCAGAACACAUAAGUGGAGAGUUGGGGGGUGGGUUGGGGGCUUGUACGUCAAACUGAAAGAAGUCGGAAUGGACGGUAAAGGAACGUUGAAGAUGUUCACGCGGAAGAAGCGGGAACUGAUAAAGACGCCGUCCAUCUCGAAGAAGAGCCGAGCAGGAAGCCCCGGGCCCCAGAGUGGCGUUCAGUCUUGUAAAAUAGGGAGAAUGCUGAAGCCUGGUGGAAAGACUAGCUACAGUCCAUACUUGACCAGUCAGAGAGUUAGGAGAGUGGGUCUAAAAGGCAAGGACAGGCCGGACAUACUGCACCAACAGCACAACGUUUGUCUCAAAAAGUUGUCCAUCCUUCAGGAGCAGCCUCGUAAAGACGCAGGAGAUGUCACUCUUUCUUCCUCACCGUUGUCCUCAUCUUUCUCCCCCACGGUCACUCCAACCUCUCUGGGACACCAGGACUCCUCUGCGUCACUCCUGUGCCCUGCUACGACGAGCGUUCAGCACAAUAAGAUGGCAGUGAUAGCAGGGAUGAGUUGCCCGUCUCCUGUGUCCACUCUGAAGAGACCGACUACACUGAGCAGACACGCCAGCGCUGCAGGGUUCCCACUCCAGUCAUGGGUGUUCACCAGAGGUCAUGGGAAAGGGGCACUGACCCCAUCGCCUCCGACUGAGAAUCCAGAGAGCACCGCCAUUGAGGUGGAAGACAUCCCCGCUCUGCUGAGGGACGUGGCCCGGUUUGCAGAGGCGGUGGAGAAACUGAAGGAUGUAGUUCUGACCGAAGGUAAAGAGAGUCAGCGGCCCAUGGCCCACGAGUGUCUGGGGGAGGUCCUACGGGUGUUGCGUCAGGUCAUCAAUACGUACCCUUUACUAAACACCGUAGAGAUCCUGACUGCUGCAGGGAAGCUCAUCUCAAAGGUCAAAGGUUUCCACUAUGAGGCUUGUAACGACACGGACAAGAAGGAAUUUGAGAAGGCGAUUGAAACUAUAGCUGUCGCUUUCAGCAGCAAUGUGUCUGAACUCCUGAUGGGAGAGGUGGACAGCAGCACACUGCUCUCCCUGCUGCCCACUGAGAAAAGCAGGUCGAUGGAGAACUUGUGCACUAUUCCAGACGGAAGCCAUUUCAGGAGCGACCUUCACGAGAUGGGUCGAGUGGAGGAAGUGGAUGUGAUCCUCCAACACAGUGAAGGAGGAGUGGACUCUGCUCUGCUCUACGCCAAAACCAUUUCCAAGUACAUGAAGGACCUGAUCAACUACGUGGAGAAGAGAAUCUCACUUGAAACCGAGUUCUCCAAAGGCCUCCAGAGAUUGUACCAGUCCUGCAAACACAGCAUAACACAUCCCCACAUGCCUCUCUUCUCCAUCUACUCUCUGGCUCUGGAGCAGGACCAGGAGCAGGGUGUGGGGCUGCAGCAGGCCAGCACCACCCUGCACAGCCAGACGUUUAUCCAGCCUCUGAUGCAGCAAAAACAGGAACACGAAAAGAGACGGAAAGAGAUCAAGGAGCACUGGAUCCGAGCAAAGAGAAAAUUGAUGGAGUGCGAGGUGAACCUGAGGAAGUCCAAACAAGCCUACAUGACUCGCUGCGAGGAGUACGACAAGGCGAAAAUAGCAGCCUGUCGGGCUGAGGAGGAAAGUGGAGGCUCUACAGCAAAGAAUCUGGAAAAGAAGAAACGGUUGGAGGAAGAAACUCGGAAUAAGGCAGACGAAGCAGAGGCCACCUAUCGGACAUGUAUCGCGGAUGCGACCGCUCAGCAGCUGGAGCUGGAACACACGAAGGUCACGGUUCUCCGUCAGCUGCAGGACGUCAUCAAACAGAGUGACCAGACCCUGCGUUCGGCGACCAUCUCCUACUACCAGCUCAUGCACAUGCAGACCGUAGCCCUGCCCGUCCACUACCAGACCCUGUGUGAGAGCAGUAAACUGUAUGAUCCUGGUCAACAGUACGCUGCUCAUGUGAGGGACCUGCAGCUGCCAGAGCAGCCCGUGGUUAACUACACAUUUGAGGCAUACUCUCCAGCCAGCUCUGCGUCACACCACGGUCACAGACCAAGGAAUGACAGUUUCAACACAGAGCCUUCCAGUCAAGCAGACAGUCCCGCCACCAGUGUGGACACGACUCCAGCCGACAGCAGGGAGGCGGAGGUUCAACGCAGGAGACAAGGACACAAGUCCUGGGGUUCAACGGUCAGCGAUGACAGUGUUGCAGGUGGACUGGAGUCGUCUGUCAUCUGUACGGGCAACAUCGCUCGUACAUCCUCCACUGGAACGAUGUCGUCAAAUGAAGAUGCCGAUGAAAAAGAUGGGAACGUGAAUUCCUUUGAAUCCCCGAAUAUCAACGGCAUGGAUCCUGACGUGGUGGUGUCCACAAGACCUUUCCGUAACGUGGGCCUGUCCAAAGCAGCUCAGACCCACAGACUGAGGAAGCUGCGGACUCCUGCCAAGUGUCGAGAGUGUGACAGCUACGUUUACUUCCAGGGAGCCGAGUGCGAGGAGUGUUUCCUGUCAUGUCACAAACGCUGCCUGGAAACCCUGACCAUUCAGUGUGGUCAUAAAAAGCUGCAGGGCCGCCUGCAGCUCUUCGGAAGGGAGUUCUCCCAGGUAGCCAGCAGCACCAAUGACGGCAUUCCCUUCAUCAUCACCAAGUGCAUCUCUGAGAUCGAGAGAAGAGCCCUAACGAUGAAGGGCAUUUACAGAGUCAACGGUGUGAAGACCCGCGUAGAGAAGCUGUGCCAGGCCUUUGAGAAUGGGAAAGAGCUGGUGGAGCUGUCCCAGUGUUCACCACAUGACAUCAGCAAUGUUCUCAAACUGUACCUCAGACAGCUGCCUGAGCCCCUCAUGUUGUUCCGGUUGUACAACAGUCUGAUGGGUGUGGCCAAAGAGAGUCUGCAGAGUGAAGAAGAAACACCAGAGGAGGCUGAGUCUGGUGGCACCAACCCAGCUGUCAGCAAGGGGGCGGAGCUCGUUGACCUGGGUCCAGACACAGAUCCAGAGGUUCUGGUCUUGGUGGACAAGCUGAAGGAGCAUUUGAAGGAGCUGCCCAAGGCUAACUUUGCCACACUGCGUUACAUCGUACGCCACCUCCGAAGGAUCGCAGAGCUGGAGGAAAACAACAAGAUGAGUCCCAGUAACUUAGGGAUCGUGUUUGGGCCUUCGCUGAUGCGUCCGCGUCCGACCGGGGCUACGAUAUCCCUGUCCUCUCUGGUGGAUUAUCCGCACCAGGCCCGGAUCGUGGAAGCACUCAUUGUCUUCUAUUCUUCCAUCUUCCAGUCCAAAUCAUCUCAGCCCCACAAAACCAGCCGCGCUGCCUCUUCUUCUGCUCAGCAGGAAUCCACGGCUGAUGACAACACGGGCUCGGUAGACGGGGAGGAGGAUGGAGGAGAAAAACAGAGUAAAGUAGACACUGACAAGACAGAGGAGGGCUGUGAAAGUUCUCUGGGCUCCAGCGAGCAGCUCCCCGACUCCGACUCGGACGAAAGCCGGGUCUCGCACUCCCACAGCCUGGUGAAGCAGGAGAGUGAGUUUAGCGUGGACGAAGACCAGCAGAGCUACAGGGACAGUCUGGAUCUGUCCAAUCAGUUCACCGCUCACAUCAACCCGGAUCAAGAAGCAAACGACGACCAAGACAACUGUGAGGAAACAGAGCCCCCGGGUCUGUCUGACAGCGGGCCCCCAGAUGUUGACACCGUGGCCGAGCAGGAUCUGAGUGACGCCCUGGCCAAUCUUAACGUAAACCAGUCCAACAACAAUUACCCAUGUUCCCCCAUUUUAACACUGUCUGGUCUUCCUCUAGCUCGUCUGAGUGGCAAGAAACUGACCCUGACCAGGAACAGGGACAGUGAGCCUGAGUAUGUCUGACGUGGGAAUGUCAGUCACAUCUGUGAGAGUGAGUGAAGUGAAUCUGUCACAGGGUUAUUUUACAUGUGUGUAAAAUGUCGUAUUUACGGUAAUCAUUUUAUUUGUACUCGUGUGGACUUGUUUGCAGAUGUUUACUGAUCAGCACUGAAACUUCUGUUGCUUUUUGCCGUUUUAUGCAGUUCAUCAACAAAUUCUCUUUAAUGACUUAAAUAUAACUUUUAAUAUGUUUCGUGUUGCUCUUAGAGCUGUGAUGUGUUGCGUUUCCUAUCAAGGGCUGCAGGUUAAAUUUUUAAUCACUGGAAUUUAAAACUUUUUAUUUCAUGUGUUUUAUAUUUAAAUAAAAAAUGUAUUUUAAAA